AUGUCUGGUAUAGUAUCAGAUGAGAUAAAGAACAAUGCGUGUCUUUUGGACGACUUGUCCAGCGACGAAGCCCUUAUCCUACAAUCCAAAAGAACACAAUUAGUCGUACCAAAAGGAAUUACGCAAUGCGACGACUCUGAUGGUAAAUUUACUUGGAACAGAGUUCGCACUGUAUCAAUGGACGCUUCCAGUGUGAAUUCGAAUCCGGGGCACCAAGGGUCGAACCUUCCAACAAAGAAGCAGGAGAAGAGAUCGAGUCGCGUUUUGCGGAAAGCCAAAGGAAGACUCACAGACAAUGGAGAACGGAAGAAGAAGAAGUCUGUCCACUCAAACGUCGGAAGGCGGAAGUCUUUCAAAAAGAUAUUGAGGAAAAAGUUCUCAUGGAAAAAUUACCCAGAGCUUGAAGCCUUCCUGGUUGCAAAUAGAGAAGAAUACUUAAGGCACUCAGCCCUGAACUACACAAUCCAACAGAAACAGUACAACAACCGACUCACCGAGCGUAUGCUUGAGCUCGCAGCUGAACACGGAUACAUCUUUGAUGAUACUGAGUUCAGUUUUGUUACGGUGCGGGAUAGAAUUCGUUGCUAUUUCAAGAGCUACGUACAGUCAGCAAAGAAGCGCGGCAUCAUAAUCGGAUAUGCGGCACGAAAAGCGGGACUAUUGAGCACAGAGGAGCUCGAGCGCAGUGCUGAGACGAAGGGCGAAAUUCACAGUCCAGAGAACAAGUUCUAG